AUGGCGUCUCCCUUAGUCCGAAGAAUCUGGAUCCGGGAUGGUCUCUACGGCUCCGCGCCGUUUUUGUCCCAGUACGUGCCUAGAACACAUAUCUUCCCAGAUUCCCUCGUCUUUGAAGGUAAUCGGAAUUCAGUCAUACUUCCAGUUCGUACAGCAGAAACAGAUGACGAUGAAGACACCAGUAGUACUGUAGUACCCAACCCACCACCUGCUAGCUCCCUAGCUCCAGGGCCAAAACCUAGUGGCACUGCAGCGCCUGGCCCAAAACCUACUGGCACUCCGGCACCUGGUCCGAAACCUACUGGCACUCCGGCACCUGGCCCAAAACCAACUGGCAGUGCAGCGCCAGGCCCAAAUCCUACUGGCACUCCGGCACCUGGCCCAAAACCAACUGGCAGUGCAGCGCCAGGCCCAAAUCCUACUGGCACUCCGGCACCUGGCCCAAAACCAACUGGCAGUGCAGCGCCAGGCCCAAAUCCUACUGGCACUCCGGCACCUGGCCCAAAACCUACUGGCAGUGCAGCGCCAGGCCCAAAUCCUACUGGCACUCCGGGUCCCCAGCACCUGGCUCGCCGCCUACAGGGUCCCCGCCCCCUACAGGGUCAGGGCAGCACCUGGCCGCCUACAGGGUCCCCAGCACCUGGCUCGCCGCCUACAGGGUCCCCAGCACCUGGCUCGCCGCCUACAGGGUCCCCAGCACCUGGCUCGCCGCCUACAGGGUCCCCAGCACCUGGCUCGCCGCCUACAGGGCCCCCAGCAUCUGGCUCGCCGCCUACAGGAUCCCCAGCAUCUGGCCCAUUGCCUACUGGGUCCCCAGCAUCUGGCCCAACUCCUACAGGGCCCCCAGCAUCUGGCCCAUUGCCUACUGGGUCCCCAGCAUCUGGCCCAACUCCUACAGGAUCCCCAGCAUCUGGUCCAACUCCUACAGGUUCCGUAGCAUCUGGCCCAACUCCUACAGGGCCCCCAGCAUCUGGCCCAACUCCUACAGGAUCCCCAGCAUCUGGCCCAAUGCCUACAGGGUCCCCAGCAUCUGGCCUAACUCCUACAGGAUCUGUAGCAUCUGGCCCAACUCCUACAGGGUCCCCAGCAUCUGGCCCAACUCCUACAGGGUCUUCAGUAUCUGGCCCAACUCCUACAGGGUCCCCAGCAUCUGGACCAACUCCUACAGGGUCUUCAGUAUCUGGCCCAACUCCUACAGGGUCUUCAGUAUCUGGCCCAACUCCUACAGGGUCCCCAGCAUCUGGACCAACUCCUACAGGGUCUUCAGUAUCUGGCCCAACUCCUACAGGGUCCCCAGCAUCUGGACCAACUCCUACAGGGUCUUCAGUAUCUGGACCAACUCCUACAGGGUCUUCAGGUCUUCAGUAUCUGGCCCUAACUCCUACAGGAUCUGUAGCAUCUGGCCCAACUCCUACAGGGUCCCCAGCAUCUGGCCCAACUCCUACAGGGUCUUCAGUAUCUGGCCCAACUCCUACAGGGUCCCCAGCAUCUGGACCAACUCCUACAGGGUCCCCAGCAUCUGGACCAACUCCUACAGGGUCCCCAGCAUCUGCCCAACUCCUACAGGUGUCCCCCGCAUCGGGCCAAACUCCUACAGGGUCCCCAGCAUCUGGCCCCCAAUUCCUACAGGGUCCAGCAUCUGGACCAACUCCUACAGGGUCCCCAGCAUCUGGACCAACUUCUACAGGGUCCCCAGCAUCUGGCCCAACUCCUACAGGGUCCCCAGCAUCUGGCCCAACUCCUACAGGGUCCCCAGCAUCUGGCCCAACUCCUACAGGGUCCCCAGCAUCUGGCCCAACUCCUACAGGGUCCCCAGCACGCCACAACUGCCUACAGGGUCCCAGCAUCUGCCCAACUCUUACAGGGUCUUCAUGUAUCUGGCCCAACUCCUACAGGUCCCCAGCAUCUGGAAACAACUCCUUACAGGGUCUUCAGUAUCUGGCCCAACUCCUACAGGGUCCCCAGCAUCUGGACCAACUCCUACAGGGUCUUCAGUAUCUGGACCAACUCCUACAGGGUCUUCAGUAUCUGGCCCAACUCCUACAGGGUCUUCAGUAUCUGGACCAACUCCUACAGGGUUCUCAGUAUGCUGGCCAACCUACAGGGUCCGCCAGCAUCUGGCCCAACUCUAAGGGUCUUCAGUAUCUGGCCAACUCCUACAGGUCCCAAUCUGGACAACUCCUACAAGGUCCAGCAUUGGACAACUCCUACAGGGUCCAGCAUCUGGCCAACUCUAGGUCCAGCAUCUGGCAACUCUACAGGGUCCAGCUCUGGCCAACUCCUACAGGGUCCCGCAUCCAGAUCUGGACCAACCAAUCCUACCAAGUCCCCAGCAUCUGGACCAACUCCUUACAGGGUCCCAAGCAUCCUGGCCCAACUCCUACAGGGGUCCCCAGCCAAUCUGGCCCACACUCUACAGGGUCCCCAGCAUUCUGCCCAACUCCUACAGGGUCCCAGCAUCUGGCCAACUCCUACCAGGGGUCCACAGCAUCUGGCCCAACUCCUACAGGGUCCCCAGCAUCUGGCCCAACUCCUACAGGGUCCCCAGCAUCUGGCCCAACUCCUACAGGGUCCCCAGCAUCUGGACCAACUCCUACAGGGUCCCCAGGCAUCUGGCCCACUCCUACAGGGUCCCAAACCAGCCAAUUCCUGGCCCAACUCCUACAGGGUCCCCUAGGCAUCUGGGCCCAAUUCACAGGGUCCCAGGCAUCUGGCCCAACUCACCAGGGUCCCCAGGCAUUCUGCCCAACUCCGACAGGGUCCAGCAUCUGGCCCAAAUCCUAA